UCUAGAAGAUCCUGUACAAAGUCCAAACCCUAGGCAAAAUUUUAUAAUUGAGAGAUUUAGCUAGCUUUAACUCAAGGAAGACGACGAUCCACCACGAUGGGGCUGACGAACUUCAUUCUGACGGUAGCCGGAGUAAGUGCUGUCGUUCUUCUUUUGCGAAGCGAUGUGAAACAGUCGGCAACUGUUUUCCGGAGAAACGUUCGCCACAUUCGUCAUUGGCUCGAAGAAGAAUCUGCAACCGCCUCCAAGGAAAUGGAAAAGAAAGCUAAAGAAUUGUCUGGAAAAGAAUCUGCUCCAAAGGAAGACAAACACUAAGCAGAAGCAGUAGCAGUGUGGGGAUCUAUCUGAUCAUGAACAUGUGAGAUUUUUAUGUUCCAUUUAGUUCGAUUUUGAGCGUCGUGUUGUAUAUAGAGUUGAGAUAAGCAAUUAACACAUUUUGCUAAUAAUCAUAAGUUCAUAUUUGGGAUAUACUAUGGCUGGAUCUUAUGGAAUUCAAUUGAUAGUGACAUUAGUUGUCUAAUUACCAAUAAGUUGAGGAUUUGGUUUUGU